AUGAAGCAAACCGGAACUCUCGUUGCUCUCGCCGGCCUGGUCUCCAUGGUCCACGGUCACGGUUUUGUCACCUCCCCCCAGCCUCGUAUGCCCGGUGCGGCCAUGAAGGCUGCCUGCGGUAACCAGGUGGAGAUCAACCAGCAGUCCGACAACUACGGCAACAUCCAGGGUGAGCUUCAGGUCGCCAAGAGCCAGAGCGACUACAACGCCGAGGAGUGUGACAUCUGGCUCUGCAAGGGUUACAAGUUCGCCGACAACAAGGACAACGUCUACUCGUACACCGCCGGCCAGACAGUCGACUUUGUGGUUGACAUCCGUGCUCCUCACACCGGUGUGGCCAACGUCUCCGUCGUCGACACCGCCAGCAACACUGUGAUUGGCAAUACUCUCAAGUCCUGGACCGACUACGCCUCGACCGCCACCGGUGUCACCAGUGACGAGACCAACUUCAGCAUCACCAUCCCCGACGACCUGGGCAGCAAGUGCUCCGAGGCCGGUGCUUGUGUCCUGCAGUGGUACUGGUAUGCCGAGUCGAUCGACCAGACCUAUGAGUCCUGCAUUGAUUUCACCGUUGGUGGCUCCGGCUCGUCCAGCUCCGGCUCCAGCUCCAGCGCUGCUUCCAGCUCUUCUUCGGCUCCGGCCUCUACCUCUGCUACCAGCAUUGCUGUCACCACUCCCAGCACCGGAAACAACGUUGUCUCCAGCGCGCCUACCACCAUGGUCACCAGCGUGAAGCAGACUGCCACCUCGGCCGCUGCCACCGCCAGUGCCACUGCUUCGUCCGUGUCUUUCCCCACCAGCGGUACUGCUGAGGAGCAGCUUAGCUUCAUGGCUGCUCUUCUGAAGAGCCUGAUGCAGUAUGCUGCUUAA